CACAGCUGACACCUGUGGAACAAGAGACACACACAAACCUGCCUGCAUGUAACAUAAGACAUGGAUCAAGAAACAUCAAACAUCUUCCAUCGAUUUUGGAAAUGGAGGCAGACGAACUGUGAUGAUGGUGACCAAACUGGGAGCAAGCGUAGACUGGAUAAAUUCACCAGUGAGUCUAGGAUCCUGGACAUACAGAGGGCUGAGAUGGCUAAGAAGGCAGCUUUAACUCAUCAUGCACAACGUCUGUGUGCUGCAGCUAAAGCCCGUGAUGAUGCUGUUCUGAAGAGACUGGGACUCCCUGUUCAGCAUGUUGCUCCACCUUCUCCUCACCCACCAAUUUUUCCCAAAAGAAGUGCAAAAUCCCCUCAGCAAAACUUUAGGUUCAGGCCUGUUUUAGAGGAACCCAGUUUGAACAUGGAGGACACCAGCAGGACCCAGAGGAGCUCUGAAAGUUUGGAUGAGGAAGAGGAGAGUUAUGAUUCCUUCUUGGAGAUGCUUCUUGGUAAUCAGACAGAGUCCAGAGCCCAACAGCUUCCAGCAACUCUGUCCACCCUCAGCUCCACACAUAGCUUCACAGUCAGAGGGCUGAGGGCCAUUCCUCUGAGUGAAAGUCCUGUUGAGGUGCCAACUCCUCUUCCUCCUCCUCAAGCAGUUCCUCUCUCCAGGAGGAGAAUGUCUCAUCUCCCUGUGUUUUCUACCAAACCCAGUGGAGCAGUGGCUGCCAACAGGGCUCCUGUGUUGCCCCAUUUGUCCCCAACCCUUCCAACAUUUUCUCAAACCAUUAGAAGAAGAACUGGGAUGUACCUUUGGCCUGCAAAAGCUGUCGGUGGGGCUGCACCUCUCUGAGACCCUGAAUACCAAGUUUGAUGAAGUAUGUCUGGUCGUCAUUGAGGAGGUGAAAAACCAGCACUCAGCGGUGGCAUGUGAGGCUACGUUCGCCUUAGCUGGACUGUAUGUUUACCUACAGAAGGCCAUGGACCAUUGAGGCGUAGAGAACAUGCCGAACUCUGCUGCUGAAACUGCCACACAAAGCUAAUGCCUUUAUUCAUCAGCAAACCUUGCACUAGAUGCUUUGCUAUCGAACUGCAGCCACAGUUGGACUGUGAGCGCUCUGUUGAACGCAGAGCUGAGAUAAGAAAGGAGGCUGCAUUCAUUUCAUCAAAAGAGCUAAUACUCAAUGAAAUAAAGCAACAUGAAACAUAGUCACUUCAUUUGUUUUUCUCAUAUUCCUGUUUUGGUCCUGUCUCAGUCACCGAGACCUCACUUAAACUGAAGAUAUAUUUUGUGUAGUAGUAGUUGUAGUUGUGAACAUAUCUGUGGUUACAUGGUUGAGCCCCCUGUCUGUCUAUUGAGAUGAGGUUAUUAGGUUCUGUAAAUUUUGUGUACAAUUCUGUACAGCCUUGGGGCUUGUGAUUUGUGGCUCUUGUUUGUUUGUUUUCAGAAAGUUAAUAUUACUUUUCUGGACAUUAAGCUAAAUGAGAAACAUUCCUCCACAGGCACCACUGACAAAUGAUCCUCCAGGAACUGAAGAUUUUCUGA